CACUCUCCUUGCCCACCAAGCAAAAUUCUGCAGAUCUUUUCUUUUCUCAUAGCCAACCCCAAAUCCAAUCCUACAUUGGUAGGCUCCGGACAUCCCCAAAGGCCCCUCUGCUUCUCUCUCCAUGUACCUAUCAACCCCUCCCCAUCCCCACUCGUUGACCACAGGUAAAGAGAGCUCGUUGCAGGAGCAAAGGAGCAGCCAUGGCCGAAGUCAUCGUCCAGAGGGCAUGCGCGAAGCUCAGAUCUGCCAUAGGAGAUGAAGCCGUUGUGCGUUCCAACUUCAUCGGUGACCUGCGUUAUAUGUUGGGGGCGCUGGAGUCCAUCCAACCGGUGCUGGAGAGAGCCGAGAUGGAGCCGUUCAGGAGUAUACCGGUGGCGCGUUGGCUGCAGCUUGCCUGCAGCGCGGCCUGCAAGACCAUAGACACUGUCAAUGAGCUGCACGACGCGAGACCACAGGCUGCUGCAACGUUGACAAGGAUGCUGCCCCACCUUGCCAUCGUGAAGAAUGCCAUGGCCAUCGAGGUGCAGGAGACGAAAAAACUAGUGAUGCGGGCAGACGAGGAGAGGCCAAGUCGGUUUCCAAAUUAUUACACCGAAAUUACCGAGGAACCAAAAACUCGACCAGUUUCUGAGGAAGCAAUGAUUUUUGGAAGAGGAUCAGAUAAAGAGAGGAUAAUAGCCGCCCUGCUAUGUAGUACUGAGCCCAACAUCACGCAAGAGCACAUCACCAUUCUUCCCAUCUAUGGGCUUGAAGGCAGCGGCAAGACAACCUUGGCACAAAUGGUAUUUAACGGUACCCACUCCCUUCAAGGCUAUGACUUCCGGGUAUGGUUUCAUGUGUCUCCCCAGUUGGACUUCCAUGCACUAGGUAACUCCAUUAUUUGUCACGUGUUGGAAAGGCGACAAGAAGCUUCAGACAUGGAGGGGAUGGAGGGUAUAAUGAAGCGCCUUCACGAGCUACUUCAUCGUAAGAAGGUGCUCCUUAUAUUGGAUGACCUGUGGGAGGAGGAUUCCAUUCAGUUACAGCUGUUGAAGUCCAUGUUAACUUUCUUGGGAGACAAGAUGGACGUAAUAGUAACCACAUCCAACCAAGCCAUCGCUAGGAACAUCUGUACAGUUGAGCCGUACAGGCUAAAUCGGUUGAGUGAUGACACAUGUUGGGAAAUAAUCAAGAAAUCCAUCGGUUUCGAAGGAGGAGAAGAAGAGUUGGAGAAGAUUGGACGGGAGAUCGCAAGCAAGUGCUGCGGUGUACCAUUAGUAGCUCAAGAGUAUGCAUCCAUUCUACAUUUUUCUUCCCGAGAUGCUAUUACAUGGAAAAAAUUCAUGGAAUGGAGUAUCUGGUCUAUUAUUAUGAAGUCCAUUUCUUCCCGAGUGUGGUUAUCCCUUGCAAGAUUCGAGCUAAGCUACAGGAGUAUGCCACCAGAUUUGAGGCUAUGCUUUGCUUAUUAUUGUGCAGUCUUCCCAACUGGCCACAACAUAGUCAAAGAUGACCUGGUUCAUCAAUGGAUUGCUCUGCACCUCAUUGAGCCAUCUGAAACAUUGUCUGCCGCACAGAUAGCAGAGGAGCAUAUUACCAGGCUUCAGAACAUGUCAUUCCUUCAAACUGCAGAGCUGGACCACAUGCCACCGUCGAUGGAUACUACUGUAUGGAGACCGCCGACGACCAGGAGUAGUUAGGAGGUCCCAGGCAGGAGGCCUUGCCUCUUCGAUCGUUGAUGUU